CUAACUUCCGGCUGAAAAAUGGCGACUUCUUAGAGAGUCCACGGCUGGUUUGGAGGGAGGCUCAGGCUACGGGAGGAUCCUGGCUUCGCCUGUUCCUGCUGCAUCCAGCCACACAGGAGCCAUGGAAGUGGCAGAACCCGGCAGCCCCACUGAGGAGGAGGAGGAGGAAGAGGAGCAGUUGGCAGAGCCUAGGCCGCGCACACGCUCCAACCCUGAAGGGGCCGAGGACCGGGCACUGGGGACUCAGGCCAGCGUGGGCAGCCGCAGUGAGGGUGAGGGCGAGGCAGCCAGUGCUGAUGAUGGGACCCCCAGUGCUCCAGGAGCCGGCCCCAAGCCCUGGCAGGUGCCUCCACCAACCCCUGAGGUCCAGGUUCGGACACCAAGGGUCAACUGUCCAGAGAAGGUGAUCAUCUGCCUGGACCUGUCAGAGGAAAUGUCACUGCCAAAGCUGGAGUCGUUCAAUGGCUCCAAAACCAAUGCCCUCAACGUCUCGCAGAAGAUGAUCGAGAUGUUCGUGCGGACAAAACACAAGAUUGGCAAGAGCCACGAGUUCGCGCUGGUGGUGGUGAACGAUGACACGGCCUGGCUGUCCGGCCUGACCUCCGACCCCCGCGAGCUCUGCAGCUGCCUCUACGAUCUGGAGACGGCGUCCUGUUCCACCUUUAAUCUGGAAGGUCUCUUCAGCCUCAUCCAGCAGAAGACGGAGCUGCCGGUCACAGAGAACGUGCAGACGAUCCCACCUCCAUACGUGGUCCGCACCAUCCUUGUCUACAGCCGCCCGCCCUGCCAGCCCCAGUUCUCCUUGACGGAGCCCAUGAAGAAAAUGUUCCAGUGCCCGUAUUUUUUCUUUGACGUUGUUUACAUCCACAAUGGCGCCGAUGAGAAGGAGGAGGAGAUGAGCUGGAAGGACAUGUUUGCCUUCAUGGGCAGCCUGGAUACCAAGGGUACCAGCUACAAGUAUGAGGUGGCACUGGCUGGGCCAGCCCUGGAGUUGCACAACUGCAUGGCGAAACUGUUGGCUCACCCACUGCAGCGGCCCUGCCAGAGCCAUGCCUCCUACAGCCUGCUGGAGGAGGAGGAUGAAGCCACUGAAGUUGAGGCCACCGUCUGAACCAUCCCUGUACAUCUCAACCUCCUCAUAAGGUGAAACCAUUGGCCUGGAGUACUGGUUCUCAAACUGGGCUCUAUGGAACCCCUGGGGGGCCCUGGGAGGAAACUAAGAUUGCAGGAGGCAUCCCAGGAACUCUGGAUACCCCGCCCCCCCAUGUUUCCCAGCCCACACCGACUCCUGGUUUGUCAGUUGUAAUUUUUGUUAUUCUUUUUGUUUUUUGUCAUCAAAAUAAAAAUCCGAAUAUUGCUA